AUAUUGAAAAGAAGCAAGAAUUGCAGUACCAAGAGUACUAAAUGCACAAAUCUUAAUGAAUGAGUGAGUCCGUUACACAAGGUAACUUUUCUCUCGAUUAUUACAACAACAACAACAACAACACUUUUAUUUCACUCCAGAGUUAGAAAUAAUUUAUUACAAUGUUAUAGAUUAAAAACAGCAAUAGUAGAGCUACCCGACAAGCAGAAACUUGACAAAGAAAUGAGAGAAUUCACAAGCGGCUGUCUUGAAAAACAACGCCGAAAAGACCCUGGGGACGAGGUGAGCUUUCUCGGGAUUUCACUGCAUGAUGUCAUGAAGGGAGCGUUUGCAAACUUGAAGAGAUACCUUGAUCGUUAAUGCUGUUAAUGAUUGAGUGUUUGAGAAACAACAACCAGGGCAUCCGCUGCGAAUUGGCUUGUCUGUUAAUCUUGAGUUUGUAGAAGAGCAAGGACAGUUACGUCUUAAAGUUUGUAAGACGGGUUUACUAGAACUCAUAUCUCGUUCGCCACGGCUGGAGACUACUAGUUGAUUGAAAACAAGUCAGUAUAACAGCCACCUGUCGGUGUGGGCACCGUUUUGGAGCCAUUUACAGCUAUGCUUGCAAAGCUGUGGAUAUUUUCGCUCUUCUGUUUGACCUAUGGAAGUUGUGCCAACUUGAGAAAAUCUUUCCAGGAAGUGAACGGCACUAUCAUCGGUAACCGCACCUUCAAUCCCGCAGAUGGUCCAUACCUGGUGACGAGUGACUUGGUUGUUGCCCACAAUGCAACUCUUACCAUAGAAGCAGGGAGUGAAGUGCUUUUCGUUCCAACAGUAGGGCUUCGUGUUCACGGAUCUUUACACGCAAGGGGAACGCAUUCAAAUAGAAUAACGUUCCGUGCACUUCCUUGUAAUGAAACAGUUCUUUGCAAUAACACCAACCUAGGCAGAUUCUACAAUCCUGGGAUUAGGCUUGUAGGUGGCACCUCUCCCAGCAACGGUCGCUUGGAGAUAAAGUGGAACGGACAGUGGGGAACUAUCUGUAACUACUGGAGUUAUUGGGAUUACAGAGAAACUGCAGUGGCUUGUAGACAACUUGGCUUCCUCGGAGCUAAGAGGCAUUACACAUAUCCCGGAAGUGGCCCCGUCUACAUGAAAUAUGUAAGCUGCAAUGGAAAGGAAGAAAGUCUCUGGGAUUGUGGCUACAGAUGGCGUUCGUGCUAUCAUUCCUAUGACGUUGGAAUUGAGUGUGACACCCUGAUGCCUUUGUUGACGGAAACGGUUUACUGGAAAGGUAUUUACUUCACUCCGACGAAUUUCACCAAGAAGCAAGGGAACUCAUCCUUGGAGAAUGCAGACAUAGUGAAUGCUUUUGAGGGGAUCAAAGCACUUAAGAAGGCACCAGAUUUACUAAAUGUUACGAUUAGAGAUGGAGCUUCAGGCCUGCUGGUGAAAGAACUUGAAAAUCAUCCAGUGAUAGUUGAUACGACCGUCUUGCGAUCACUGUUGGCUGGUGUAAAUAUUGAGAGUUCUGGAGGGCUUGUCGUAAUUGAAAAUACCACCGUACAGAAUACAAGCUUUGGAGAUGGACUUGUUUACAACCGGACUCUAGAUGCGGUGGAUUUCUGUUCAAUUGUUCCAGACGAGGCUUCUAUACCUUUUGUUCUAAAGGCAACAGGGAAAGCUUUGACGGUUAACUGCAGCAAGGUGAGAAUACAAUGCAAGAGUCAUUAUUUGCUAUUUCAGACUGCGUCUGUCAUCAAACUACAGAAAUGUUUACGUUAAUUAGUCUAAAACCGUGGUUAAGCGAGUUUUGCUAUGAGCUGCAACAAAGGUAAGGUAAUGACGUAAUUCUUUGUUUAUAGUGAUAACACCGCUUAACUGAAAAGCUCCUUCGCAGGAAGCUCACUUUAAAAUAACAUAAAUAUACAUUAAUUAAUAAUUAAUUAAGUAAUAGAAAACAUGUACCGUGUUACUAUCGAGUCAUGAUAGAAACGCGCGGUGAGAGUUUGAGAUAACGAGAAAUGCUGUGGGAACACGAGCCGACAGGCGAGUGUUUUCACAGUUUACUUCGAUCAUCAAAAUGUAAAU